AGCGCGUGUGUUGGGAAGGAUUAGUUUUACGAAGUGAGUGAUGAUAAGUUUGUUUGCCGCCGUAUUUUAAUCAGCGCUGAUAAAGACAAAACAAAAUUCCUUUAAAAGUUAAUUUCCAUUUAUCUUUCAUUAGCGCUCGUGCUUUUGUGGUGUACGGUAAUUUUAGACUAUUAAAUAAGUAAUCCAUUAAAAGAUGGCGGUCGAAUGGGGAUACAGCUCGAAAAAUGGUCCAUUGACGUGGUCGGAAUGUUUCCCCGCGGCGAAAGGCGAGAGGCAAAGCCCGAUCGACAUCAACCCGGACGAAUUGAAGACCUUCGUGCCGACGCAGAAACUCACCUGGAAGUACAUCCCCGAGAACACGGAGAGGAUCACCAACACCGGCAACGGUUGGAAGGUGGAGGUUAACGGAUCCGGUUCGGAACUGAGCGGGGGGCCGCUAAAGGACAAGUACGUCUUGGAGCAGUUCCACUGUCACUGGGGAGGUUCCGACACCGAAGGGUCCGAGCACACGAUCAAUGGGAAGAAGUACGCGGGGGAGUUGCACUUAGUGCACAGGAACACCAGGUAUAGCUCCGUUGAGGAGGCGCUGAAACACCCCGAUGGAUUAUGCGUUUUAGGAAUUCUGCUACAGCCUGGAAAAAAUCACUACGAGUUCAACAAAGUAGUUGCGCAAGUCCACAACGUCCAAUUUAAAGACCAAGCGAAACCGGUAGGCAUCCCCAUCGACCCGAGCGCGUUUAUCCCCGAAAACAGCGCAUAUUGGACCUACCAAGGCUCACUGACCACGCCCCCCUGCCACGAGUGCGUGGUUUGGGUGCUAUUCAAACAGCCGAUCGAGGUUUCGCAGGAGCAGCUGAAAACCUGUCGAAUGCUGAGGAAUUACUGCAAGGAGGGAAUGUGCCCGAUCGACAAGCACGAGGGAUUCGUCAUGGCGAAUUUCAGACCUCCGCUGCCGGUCGGAAGACGCGAAGUACUCGAAUGCACGCACUAGUGACUAGGAAUACCUACAUUUUAAUGCAACGCACAAUAUUUGUGGUUUACACUGUUUGCCAAAUAUAUUUUUAGAUUAAU